AAAUUAUUAUACAAAUAAUUGUCAGCACAUGUGUAUCGCUUGUCAGUAAAUUUCUUUGAUUCAAAUUUUGAAUUAUUUUACUUUGUACAAUAUUCCUGGGACUUGAAUAUAAUCAUUAAAUUUUUCAUAAAUUUUUUCGUAUUAUUUAUAACUAUAAGUUUUAUACUCAAUUAAACUCAAACAAAAUGAAAUUGAAAACUCAAAAUACAACUGAAAAUAAACAAAAAAAUAAUAAGAAAAAUGAUAAAUCACCUAAAACUCAAAAUAAAGGUGCUGCUAAAGAAAAAGUAAAACCUAUAAAACCGGCAGUAUUGAAAAAAGAAGGUGAAAAAGUGAAAGCUGAACAAAAAUCUAUAAGUCCUAUUAAAGUUUUACAAAAUGAGCUUUGGACUAAAGCUAUCAAAGUUGUAGCUGAUAAAUCUGAUUUACCUGAUAAAGAAAGUGGUAUUGCUAAAUUGUUAGCAAACUAUAAAAAACAAGACUCAAUCCCGAGAAAAGAAACUAAACUUAAGAAUUUUAUUUUGAAAGGAUUUUCUCAAUAUAAGGAUACAGAGAGUGAAAUAUUGGAUAGUUUGUAUAAUAAAAUAAAGGAAGCUUUUGAAAGUUUGGGUGGUCAACCUAAAGAUGGUAAUUCUGAAACUAAAAAUUCCAAUAAUAAAGUAGAAAAGAAUUCGCCUAAAACAAAAAACCUCAAAAAAGUUGAAGUUGAGAAUAGUGAUGAUGAUGAUGAGGACGAUGAUAAUGACAAAGAAGAUGAUAUUGAUGAAGAUGAUAUUGAAGAUGUAACAUUUGCUGAUAGUGAUGAAGAUGUUGAAGGUGAUAGUGAAGAAGAAGUAAAAGAAACUAAGCCAGCUGGAAAAAAUAAAGCUAAUAAAAAACAAGUUAAAAAUGGGAAUAAUAAAGCAAACAACAAGAAAAAUAAUCAAAAGUUUAAAGGUGGAAAGGUUCAAAAAAAUAAAGGAAAAUUGAAUAAAAAGAAAUGAAUGUUAUUUUUGCAUUUUAAUUAAUUGACUUAAUUGAUUCUUUUAAUUGUUAUAAUAUAAUAGUUUAUAACUUUACAACUUAUUUUAUGUGUAAUAUGAAGUAUAAGAUCCUCAUUAUAUACUCACAAAUGAAUUUUUUA